GUCGUUCGUCACGGCGGCCAUAUUGAUACUUUCCUGGUGGCCAAACACUGCCCCUUCAGAUGGUUGUUUUCUACAAUAUCGGAUUUUGUUGAGAGCAAAGGGAUAAAUUGUGCACCGAGAGAGUGCAACCGACAAAAGAUAAAGAUGGGGUCUUCAUCCCAGCAGUUCUGCGUUCGCUGGAACAGCUACCAGUCGAACCUUCAGAACGUGUUCCCGAAACUGCUGGUUAAUGAGAACUUUGUGGACGUUACUUUAGCCUGCGAGGGACAAAUGGUCAAAUGCCACAAGGUGGUCCUUUCGGCAUGCAGUACCUACUUUGAGCAACUGCUCAGCCAAAAUCCUUGCCAGCAUCCCAUUAUAUUCAUGAAAGACAUGCGAUUUUGGGAAGUCCGCGCCUUGGUUGACUUCAUGUACCGGGGAGAGGUCAAUGUGACUCAGGAGGAGCUGAACAGUCUACUGCGAGCUGCAGAAGCGUUGCAGAUAAGAGGAUUGUAUGGGAAUGAGCAGCAAAAGGUGGCUGCUGCCGUCACAAAAGCAACGGAGAAGAAUCUUAAUGACGACGAGAGCCACCCAGAUAAUAUCACACCUUCAGUGUCAGUUAACAUGACUACCGAAGAAAAGUCUAGUCCCGAUGCUUCCCAGCAGGAUACUUCCCAUGAACAAAUGGUCAAGUUGGAGGAGGAUAUCUCAUUAAUGGAAGAGCAAUCUGUAUCUGAUCUUGAAGACGUGAGCCAUGACGACUACACAACCUCUCAAGAGUUUGAGAGCUUUGUAGGAGACCAGCACUACCCACCGCCGAGAGGCACACCACAGGCUGGCCCUUCUGGAAUGACCAUGACCCCGACCUCGAUGACCCCAUGCAUGAACACUAGCACUUUGGAUGAUGGGGCUGAGCUCUUGGAGUCAACCUGGGAGGAGGACGCAGACGCCUGCGAAAUAAAAUUUAGCCGGUCUGUAGCGUGGAGCGAGGACAGCAAAGGCAACCGUAUCGCAGUUUAUCCUCACCAUCAACUGCAGCUGCAACACAGCAUGGCAGGCCCAAUAAGCUCAAGUGAAGAAGAAAUUGCAAACAACCCCAACAAGCGGAUUAGACGCUCUGAAGAAGAACUCAGUGAAGCAGCGAACUUAAUCAGCCGAGGCCUAACCUUCCAAGCUGUCUCAGACAAAUACAACAUACCUAUUUCAACCAUAAGAUUCUACAUGGCACGCAAAGGAAUCCUGCCAAGAAGAAAGAGAGGUCGAGUCAACAGGUACGAUGAAAUCCUGCGGUCUCAAAACUUUCAACAAAAUGGACCACCAGCCAUCCAGUAAUUGAGAGCAUCGCUGGAUCUCUUAAAUUAUUGCAGCUUGGCAAAAUUCAGCACGCCAUUUUUGUUUUGUAAUUUUAAUUUGAACUUUAAAAUCAGAGUGGUGAUUUUUGCAUUAAUAAUAUAAACAGAAUACUAUAAACCAAAAAGAGAUGAAGUGACAGUAGAUCAUAAGGGAAGUCUGCUCCAUUUAAAAGGAAGCUUGGGAUUGAUGUUUUCAAGAAUUUGGGUUGAGAACCCUAUGAUAUCAACGUGGAUAAUGCUUGUGGAAGGCCAAGUAUUAAAUAUAAUAUGUUAUGUGCCAUAAAUGAUAGUGUUAAUCUGCCUAGAAAUGAGAUCAGAUUCAUCUGCUGCUUUUGUAUUUAGAGAUAGCAUGGUAACUAUGCAUUGCAUUAUUUUUUUCUGUCUCAUUUCGUCAUUAUGUAAUCUUUCAAAAAGGUAACACAGAAGUGUAGCUGGCAGAAUGCAAUAAUAUUUUGUGUGCUCUUUCUCUCUGUCAACGCUACUAAAUAAUUUCACUUAAUUUAGAUUGUGCUGAGGUUGGCCUUGAUUAUGAAUCGGAGAGAUUUGUGGAGAAUCUAUUUUUGAAGAAUUAGAACCAAAAGACUGGGACGAGUAUUUACAAGUAUUGAGGGAUGUUAUCGAAAGGUCACAAGGAAUUUGUAUUAAGGCGGUUACUUUGCAGCAUUAUAGAUUACGUUGUAAGGUUCACUGCGCAGCAUUAACGAUCGCGUUUGACAUGAGUCUCAUGAAUUUUAUUUGAUACCAAAAACUCUGGUUCCUUUUUUGUGCUUAUAAAUCAGAUUGAAAAUCUGAUAAUCUUUUCUACUAUAUAUAUGUUUGUGCAUUUUGAUUUUCCCAAUAAAUCCAAAAUAAUCAUUG